UUUUGAUUCGGCUCAUAGCAGGGCACACACAAGCGGCUGCCCUGAAUCUUCGUGCGCUCGAGGAUCAAAUAGCAUGAACAGUUUUUAUAUUUAGGCUUUUCAAAAACAGCAUUUCCCUCAGUUGGUGCAGGAUGAGAGGUCAGCGCGACGCCGGGCAGAUUAUCGAGGCUUUGUUCAGGAAGUUACCCUUUUUAUGAGGUCCUAUAAAAGCUCACCGUAUACAAAGCCAUUUGGACUCUGUUUACAAGAUCAGAAUGACCCUGGCAUUGACUCCUGCGGCCGUGUGUCAGUGCUUCACUCUCGUUUCACUCUGCACGUCUAUUGCCGACCCGAACUGGAUCCAAGUCCAGAACACGUCUGAUCCAAACAAACAGCUCAUCUAUGGAGUGGCCUUCACGCUACACGCAUAUCAGAAUCACACGGACACAGGUCCUCUGGGUGGACUGAGCGGAUGGGGAAUGUGGCUGCUGUACAUACUCGCGGCUCUCUGCUACAGCGCUGUCCUGUUUUCCAGUUUCUGCUUCCUGCUGGACUUCCUUGGGGCAGCUGUCAAUCACUCAAAGCUGGUGACAUCAUUGCACAUCUCAACAGCUUUAAACUGUCUGGCGGUGCUGGGUGUGUGCGUAACCUGUCUGUGUGUGAUCCAACACAACCUGCAGCAUGGGAGACGCGGCUCGCUAUUGGACCGAAGAGAAAGUAGCCCGUCUGUCAGGCAGAAAAACGAGCUGCAAAUGUCUCCAGGAGAAAGCCUGUACAUCGAGGUGUUAGGCCUGAUCUUCUCAUUCAUGGCGUGUGCAUUUGCCCUCAAGGGUCGCCCGGAACCCAUCCCGCCCUGCCUGAGUGUGGAGGGCGGGGAUAGUGACACGGAGCCUUUGAUUGGUGGAGCAGAGCAGGAGGAGUGACCAGAGUUGUACUUGAUUAUGCACUUGUUUUCUUAUGACAGUAAGAAGAUCUCAGAAGCACUUUGGAUAUCAGUGUGCGUGUGGCGUCCCACAAUAUUCACUUUACUGAUGUCUGUGUAGGAACCAAAGAGAAGAGCGCUACUGUACAAUGAGAUCUUUAAAGCUGAAGUGUGUGAUUUUUGUGGAUGUUCAAAUACUUUAUUGUAUCUGUCAGUAGUCCAUUGGUAGUUUGGCUUAAACACUGUGACACCCUCAAAACAUCAGUCUGACUCAACCAGUGGCUUAGUUUCGGGUGGGAAUAUCAGUUUGGCUUAAUAAUGGAAGACGGGGGAGAAGAGGCGGUAGGAGUGAUUGGGAAACCGGUUUUAAAACAAUCAUUAUAUUUGCAAUUCCAUUUGGUGAUGCAGAAAUCACACACUUUAGCUUUAGGAUUAUUCUUUAUAAAAAUGUAUAAUACUAACGUAUGGCUCUUGCAAUCCUCCAGGGGUUUUGUACUUUCGGACCAAAUGCAGAAAUCUCUAAUCAGGGCUACAACAUACAGUAUAAAUACAGUGAAAUGAUUUUCAUCGACAUUUAAACAAAUUAAUUCAACAGCAAUCCUCAGUGUGCCUUAAUGUUGUUCUGAGACAAUAAGCAUCUAAAAAAGGUUUUAGAGCUGUUAAAGUCAACAUGAAAACAAAAUGAACUCUAUGUGUUUUCUAAAGGCCAAUGUAUACUUCGGUUUUCCACGUGAUGCAAAUUUCAUCAUCAGCAGCGUGGUGUGCGUGCGUUUUAUUACGCUUGAUUCAUUAGUUCACGUCUUUCCAAAGAAAACAAAUUGCCUUUGUAAUCUUUUCUCAAAAUGUAAUUACUACUGUAGCUCCGCCUCUUCAGAUGAUGUCAUCUAAACCAGAACUUACGUUAACCAAUAGUCGGCUACUGUUGUUAAGUAUGGUUGUCUCAUGAUUCGGAUGAGGUUUACGAUUUGAUAUAAUAACACUUAAAUGACAAAGUAUUACAGAAGAUUGUGAUUGUUUUUUUUUUUUAAAUAGUUUGAGAAAAAUGCACAUUAUAAUUUCUCAUUAGAAUAAAGUUCUUUAAUACACAAUUUAAAUGCUCAAAGUACAAAUUCUCAUAUACCUUUCUCUACAGCGAAAAUAAACAUACAAAACUAGUACAUUCAGGCUGAUCAGAACAAGCAAAAGAACUGAACAGAGCCUGUUUUGAAAAAGUGUGAAUAUGUAUUUUAUAUAAGUAUGAUUUGUUUGUCAUCAUUGUUAUGAUCACAUUUUAACUUUUUAAAAGUAUUAAAAUUCUACAUUCUAUCAAUUCAUAUUAUAUCUUGAAAUUGUAUAUAUAAUAGUGAUAUGAGCUGUCACUGUUUGAAAUAAUGUGUACAAUGAACAAGCAUUUACAUUGUGUUUACAUUUCAUUUUGAAAAAAAAAAAAAAACGCUAAAAUGGUGCUGUCACUUUAAGAGUUUAACGAGCGUCUUGUUCGGUUCUUUGUAAUGGUUUCUUUACUGCAUCCUUGCUAUGUGUGAUUAAAAUGAAUGUUUCUUUUUA